AUGGCCGAACCGGCGUCGGCUCCGAGCCAGGACUCUCCGCCGCCUUCAUGCGCAAGAUGCAAGUCCAACCCCGCCACCAUUAAACUCAGAGCCGACUUGACGUGCCCGUUAGGCCUCCUGCGCAAAGAACUUGUCGGGCCCCGCGAAAAACGCACGUGCAAGUACGUCGCGGGGCUUUCCUUUGGGCCCUCGUCCACGGCCCUCGUCCACGUCUUGGACGAGAACCUUAGAUAUGUGCGCGCAAGAGCAAACUCCAACUCGCCAGCCGCGUAUGAUUUGGUAGUUGUGCACGUAGACACAGACCUCCGACCUCCUUCCCCCACAGCUGCCGCGGAUAGUCAUCCAGACUCUGCUGCCACGCUGCAGCUGCAGAGGUAUCGGGAGAGGUUUCCCGACCUUGAGUUUCAACUCGUCCCCCUUAGCUAUGCGUUUGGCAUAUCUUCUAUAGACUGGUCCUCCCUUCCUUCCACCGACCCUGCUCUGGACCCUCAAGCGCGCAUGCAGGCGCUGUUUGACGCGCUUCCCUCGGUCACCUCGAGAGCCGACAUCUUGCGUCUACUUAUCCGCCACAUCCUCCUUUCCGUCGCUGCCGACAAUUCGUGCGAGGGCCUCUUGUUGGGUUGCACCACGACAGCCCUGGCGGAGCUCACCCUCUCCGAGCUCGCCCGAGGAAAGCCCCCUCGGAGCAUGCAAAUCUACUACCCCCUUCGUGAUAUUUUCCGCAAUGAGAUCCAUACGUUUCUUCGCCUCGCCGACCCGCCCUUAACCGGGCUUGCGGUCGCGAAUCCGCCUUCUUCAGCCGAAGUCGUCUCCCACAAGGAUCUGAGUAUCGAAGAGGCCAUGGUUCGCUAUUUCGAGAGCGUCGAGGAAGGGUAUCCUGCCGUGGUUGCCAACGUCGUCCGUACUACAGGUAGGCUGACGCGGGCAGGUGCCGUCGAUGCAGAAGGCGAGCAGGGAAGUGUAGCGUGUGGCUUGUGCGGCAUGGCAGUUGACGAGAGCGGCGAUGCUCGCUGGAAGGGUGAGAUAGGGGUCGGACCGGAGGAAGAAGGCCGUGCGGGUGCGCCCCUGUGCUAUGGUUGCGAAAGGUCAAUCCGAGGUUAG